GCACGCGAGAGCUGCUCUAUAACGAUACGAGCAAAUGUAUUUGUGCGCCGCAGUCACAAACAUAGAAUAAAUAGUUUUGUAUGUAACAAUAUAACAAACUACGUGUAGGCUAAUUUUCUUACGGUAAAAGCAUCUGGAUGAAAUUACUCUCCAUUUGUUUAUUUUGUGGUUUAUCCACGCGACAUCGGACGCUGUUACCAGAGCGCGCAGCGCUGCCAGUAUUGUGACUGUCCCUGUCUCGUUGUGGCAUGUUCGAGGGCAGACGGAACUGAAAUAUUCAUUGCUCCUGAGCAGGAUUCAAUGAAAAUGUCUGUCUGUGUCCACGAGAACCGCAAGUCUCGUGCCAGCACGGGCUCUAUGAACAUCUACCUGUUCCACAAGUCCUCGUACGCAGACAGCGUGCUGAUGCACCUGAAUGCUCUUCGUCAGCAGAGACUCUUCACGGAUGUUCUGCUCCAUGCUGGAAACCGCUCUUUCCCAUGCCACAGGGCUGUGCUGGCCGCUUGCAGCCGCUACUUUGAAGCAAUGUUUAGCGGAGGGCUGAGAGAAAGUCAGGACAGUGAAGUGGACUUCAGGGAUUCCAUUCAUCCAGAGGUAUUGGAGCUCCUUUUGGACUACGCCUACUCGUCAAGAGUAAUAAUAAACGAGGAGAAUGCGGAGUCUCUCCUUGAGGCCGGUGACAUGCUGGAGUUUCAGGACAUUCGUGAUGCCUGUGCCGAGUUCCUGGAGAAGAACCUCCAUCCAUCCAAUUGCUUGGGCAUGCUGCUGCUUUCGGAUGCUCACCAGUGCACCCAGCUGUUUCAGCUGUCCUGGAGCAUGUGUCUCAGUAACUUCCCGGCUAUCUGCAAGACUGAGGAGUUUCUCCAGCUGCCCAAGGACAUGCUGGUCCAACUGCUGGCACACGAAGAGCUUGAAACCGAGGACGAGCGUCUGGUCUACGAGUCCGCUCUCAACUGGGUGAACUACGACCUUGAGGGCAGGCACUGUCAUCUUCCGGAGCUGCUCCGUACUGUCCGUCUGGCUCUACUGCCUGCCAUCUUCCUUAUGGAGAACGUCUCUACGGAAGAGCUCAUCAUCGCACAGGCUAAAAGCAAAGAGCUGGUAGACGAGGCCAUCCGCUGCAAACUGCGCAUCUUGCAAAACGACGGCGUCGUCAACAGUCCUUGCGCCCGGCCCCGCAAGACCAGUCAUGCCCUUUUCUUGCUGGGCGGCCCCACGUUUAUGUGCGACAAGCUCUACCUGGUGGACCAGAAGGCCAAAGAGAUCAUUCCAAAGGCCGACAUCCCCAGCCCACGAAAAGAGUUCAGCGCCUGUGCCAUCGGCUGCAAAGUGUACGUGACAGGUGGCCGGGGCUCUGAGAACGGUGUGUCUAAGGACGUUUGGGUGUACGAUACAUUACAGGAGGAAUGGUCUAAAGCGGCUCCAAUGCUGAUAGCGCGUUUUGGUCACGGUUCCGCUGAGUUACGCCACUGCCUGUAUGUUGUCGGAGGUCACACAGCUGCCACUGGCUGUCUGCCUGCAUCGCCAUCUGUGUCCUUGAAGCAGGUAGAGCAGUUUGACCCAGUUGCUAAUAAGUGGAGCAUGGUGGCACCACUGCGAGAAGGAGUUAGUAAUGCAGCUGUGGUCAGCGUAAAGCUUAAGUUGUUUGCCUUCGGAGGGACGAGUGUGGCCCAUGACAAGCUGCCCAAAGUUCAGUGCUACGAUCCCUCAGAAAAUCGCUGGACAGUCCCGGCGUCCUGCCCGCAGCCGUGGCGCUACACUGCAGCUGCUGUUCUUGGCAACCAGAUCUUUGUAAUGGGGGGCGACACCGAAUUCUCUGCUUGCUCUGCCUACAAAUUCAGCAGUGAGACUUAUCAGUGGACUAAAGUUGGAGAUGUUACAGCGAAACGAAUGAGCUGCCAGGCGGUGGCCUCUGGAAACAAACUUUAUGUGGUGGGUGGCUACUUUGGUACACAGCGUUGUAAAACCCUGGAUUGCUAUGACCCUACGCUCGAUGCCUGGAACAGCAUCACUACCGUACCUUAUUCCUUAAUCCCCACUGCCUUCGUCAGCACCUGGAAACACCUCCCAGCCUGAAGCACUCCUGUACUUCCUUCUGUGACCCUACUGUUCCUAUGAGAGUUCCUUGUGUCCUUGUCGUUAUUGUCUACUGGAUUCUAACUGUGAAGAAACGCUAUAACCCUCCUGUGCAAUUUUACAAAAAGACUUUCUCCCAUAAGAGCUAAGUAUUGUGCACGAAGUCCAGUCACAAAGCCUUUUUCUGCUGCAAGUUCGCUCAACUUCUGCUUGGAAGUUUUAAGAACUUCGUGAUGUCGUAUCCAACAUUUUGUUGAUUAUUAAAGUAUCAGAACAUGGGCUUCACAGUGAAAACCAAAAGAGCUGCGAUGCAUCCUGAAAGCCCAGUCUGCUUCCAUCAUAAACAGCAUAAUCAUCAUCACUUUCGUCCCCCCACGUUGGUGUACUCUGAUUGUUUUUUGGGGUUUUUUUAUGUACAAUGCUGAUGCCAUACAAGCUAAAAUAGACCCGUAUGCCUGUCUUAAUUUCUAUACUGCAUGAAGGAUGAGUGGAAGUUUUUGAUUGGGAAGAUCGACAGGAGUCUCAACCCAUGAUUGCAGCAGAUGUUAAGAUACUCCAGGAAAAGUACCUCACAUCCUGAUAUGUAUAUACCUUUUCUUCUCCCAUGGUGAUGUUAAAUUGAACUUGCUCAAAAGGAGAGACACUGAGGUGGGCUAAACGUAAUAUUUUGCUGGUUUAAAGAAUAAAAAGGACAGAAGGAAACAUGAGAGCCUUUUUUUACGUAUUUGUCCUUCACACGUCUGUACAAGAAGGACAGACUAAUGCUGAACUGUUCCUGUUGAACAAACCUUUGCAGCUUGGUGUGAAAAUAGACAUGGGCACAGUGUGUCCCAAGGUACACGCGUAAGCUGUGCAUAUGUGACUGAGCGCGGAAGAGGCAUGUCCCAGCAUGUUAGUCUGAACGAGAGUCCAUUUGACCCCGAUCAUACCCCCAACCCCUCCAAAAUAAACACCCGACAAACAGCGUGAGCAUGCCCUCUCAGAAACCAACAACAAACACUAUCCUUCCAGCUUGUGAUCACUGACCGACUUUAAUUUCAAGAUUCUCCUGCACAAAACUCGAAUUGUGCGAGACACUUCUGCUUCACUGUUUUUGCCUGUACUAUUCUAAGCACAUACAGUCACGGUAAACGUGAAUGACAGAAGGAGAGAGAGAAAAUGUGAGAGCCAUUUCGUCACCCCGUGAGGGAAUGCAGUCUCUAUGGCAACAACAACUAAACUGUAAAAAAAAAAAAAAAAAAAAAAAAAGACGAUAACGAGAAAAGUGCAAGAAACUGGUUGCCUGGCUUAAAUAUUUCAGUGUCUAUUAAUAGUCUUAAUUUUAUGAGGGUUUUUUAAAGCUUUUUGUUUUCCAUUGUGUAUCAUUUCUAUUUAUUUUAUUUUUUUAUUUAUUUUUUUGGCUUGCAUACAUGUUUGGAUGUAUAGAAGUUAACAGGUUUUUGUCCCACGCAUGGCCCAAAACGCUCGGUGUUCCUGCUGCUUUUUUGCACAUAUUUUGACUGAGCAGUUGGAAUUUGUAGUGGUCAGCGAACGCUUGAGCCUCUUGCUCAUCUGAUCAAAAACAGGGAGGCUUGGGGGGUCAAAGGUUUUUGACAGGAUAAGAAUGGGCCGAAUGAUGUCACAGCCUCAGAUUACCCUGGGUGCAAGUGGGCAGGUCAGCAGAUGGGGGAGUGGGAAAGUGUUUUCGAGAGAUUAGGGGACGGCAAGGAAAAUUCUUCAAACUGGGUUGGCAGUUCACCCAAAAAUGAAAAUUGUCACGUCAGAUAAGAUUUAGAAUUGUCAUUUUUGGGUGAACUAUCCAGAUUCUUUAAAUGAUUUAAUUGAAGUUAAACACCAUUUGUUCUUAAACCACAGAUCAAGAAUCCAUCUGGUUGUAAUGGUGCACAGAACUGCAUCAACUUCUGUUUUAUACAGAAUAAUUGGACAUCAAACCACCAUUAAAAAGCAUUAAGUUUCAUCUACUACAACAUCAGCAUAGUUUAGCAAGUGCUUUCGACCCGUGCUUAGGGACCCCAUGCCAAACUCGUUCCAGUAUGCAGCCUCUGUUCCCCUGCCUCUCUCAGGUCUGGAGCUCAGGCUGACCCCUUGCGGUCUCUGUGGGCUGAAAGGAUCAUGUAGAGUCAUCUGGGGAAUGUGACGUAUGCAGCUGCUCUCAGAACAGCUGGAACCGUCACAAGAACGUCGUAACUUUGACUGAUCCUUUUGACAGUUCAGCUGUACUGAGAACAUUAUGAUUGGAUUAGGAAUAUGUCGCAGACACCUUGCUGGAUCACUCUUAAUAAUAAACGUAAUGCUACAGAAGAUCCGGUUUGGAUUCCCCUAAGAACUUUUCAAAGAGUUUUUUUUUUCUUUUUCUUACACCAUGUCUACACUGGACAUGAGUGGCGCAACUCGACGUAAGCAAAUAUAGACCAUUGUAAAAAGAGAUGCUGUCUACACUGGAUGUGACGUGACAGACAGUAAACCAAUGCCUCGUUCUGAACAUACUCUGUGCAUGUGCACUACUUCCAACAACAGUCCGAAUGGAUUCAGAAAUUGUGCUUUGGCGUAGUCAGUGUAGACAGACUCAAGCUGUUGUGACGCAGUGCCCCAUGUAGACAAAAAGUUAGAGUGAAGAACAUUUUAAUAAUCUUAUUACCAAAGAACCUUUUGUGCAUUGAAACAGUUCAAUUGGUGUUAAAAUGGUCACAAAAUCCUAGUUGUCACUAAAGAAUUUUAUUUUAAGAGUGGUUGUUCGUUGCUACAGUUUGUGGCAUAACAAAGUGAUUAUUUAAUCAGCCAAAUGUAAAGAUGAUGACCACAAUGGUGUAAUGAUAAAGCUAGAUCCCAAGUGUCUGCAUAAGGGCACAGACCAUAGUGCUUUCACGUCGAUGCCAAACGCUUUGCCUGUAGAGAUGAUCCGUUUUAAUCUUCACCGUGGUGCUACACGGUGACUUUUGGGUUGAAUAACAACACUGACAGUUUGCUAUGUUAUAGCUGUUCUACAUACUUCAAACUAAUCAAAUGGCUUUAAAUUAAUAGAAUAUAUAUAUAUUUGUUCAAAUUGAAUUAAAAUCCAUGAGAGAGAAAAUGGUAGCAAGGGAUUCAUGUUCCUCCCAUAAACUCUCUCAUCUCCUCCAGAAAAUUCUUGCUUAAAGUUGCCUUUGGCCUUUAGGGUCUUUGAACCCCCCCCCCCCUCCCCUCCCUCUUCCAAAAUACCUUUUCACAGAACACUGCACACUCUGACCUCCAGCCAAUCAGAAAACCCCGUUCUGCCCCCCCUCACAUAGCACAGUUGCCACAGCAAUGGUCAACAAUCAUUGCUCCCCUCUCCAUUUGAACUGGUAAUAGUCGAGUGUUGUUUUUUUUCUCUCCCUCUUACCUCUUUGCCCUCCCUUCUUCCCCCUGUCUUCCUGCUCAAGUGAAAGAUUGAUUCAGAAGUGACUCAUAAGUCUGUGUGCAUUGAGAACUCUUAAACGCUGUAUGCCUUCACGAACAGAUGCAUUGCUAAAACAUUGUCAAUGUUGGCCUGUACUCAUGUUUUUGUGGGCGUCAUUUUUCUUUUCAUUUCUAUAUGUAGUGUUAUAUAAUUGUAUUAUUUUAUCUCAACCACUGCGGUUAACAUUAUUUUGUACAAGUGAUUUUUUUCACAAUGUGAAAUUCAUGGCUAAAUAAAGAUAAGAGUUUUUCCUCUUGA